AUGUCUUCCGCUCAGUUCUUCAAUUAUCCCGGCACCGAGAUCAAUGCCGAGCAAUACCACUACUCCCAAGCUGUCAAGAUCGGCAGCAUAGUUCGCACUUCGGGCCAGGGCGGCUGGGAUGAAAAGGGCGGCAUCACUUCCGACAUCGAGAAGCAAAUCGAACUUGCGUUUGACAACACUCUGAAGGCCCUCCAGGCCGUUGACUCUGAGUUAUCUUUUGACAACAUUUACGCAAUCCGCUCCUACCACACCGACAUGGAAGCAAGCUUCAAUAUCAUGACUACCCAGUUCAAAAAGCUGUUCCCUAAUCACCGUCCUAUCUGGACAUGUGUCCAGAUUGGAAAGCUUGCGCUGGAAGGCAUGAAGAUUGAGAUUGAGGCUGAGGCGUUGCUACCUGCCUGA